AUGGCGGCGGGCUCCCUCAGCCGCGCCGCGCUCGGCGCUCCCCGCGCUCUGGGCGCUCCGGGCGCUCCCGGGGCGGCCGGGCCCGGCCCCGCGCCUGCAGCGGCGGCACCCCGGCUGCCGGCAGCCCCCCGGCCUGGCACGGGCGCCGAGCGGCGCGGCUGCGCGGCCGCGCCGCAGGGCCUCCCAAGGGCUGGAGCCCCCAGGCUGAGGAGGAAUAUCGGCACCCGCUGGAGCCCGACGGCAAAAAGGCCACGGGCGUGCCCCUCCCCCCCCCGGUACAGCCCCCGCUACGUCGAGGCCGCCUGGUACCAGUGGUGGGAGAGGGGAGGGGUCUUCAGCCCCCCCCCGCCUGAGCAGGCCCCGGGGGGGGCCCCGGUGCUGAGCCUGGUGCUGCCCCCCCCCAACGUCACCGGGUCCCUGCACCUGGGCCACGCCCUGACCGUGACCCUGCAGGACGCGCUGGUCCGAUGGCGGAGGAUGCAGGGCUGGAGCGUCCUGUGGGUGCCGGGCACCGACCACGCUGGCAUUGCCACCCCAGGUGCCAUCGUGGAGCGCUGGCUGUGGCACAGCGCCGCCCUGCGCCGGCAGGACCUGGGCCGGGCCGAGUUCCUGCGCGAGGUUUGGCGCUGGAAGGAGCGGCACGGGGACGAGAUCCUGCAGCAGCUGCGGGCGCUCGGGGCCUCGCUGGACUGGAGCCGCUGCGCCUUCACCAUGGACCCCGGCUUCUCCCGCGCUGUCACCGAGGCCUUCGUGCGGCUCUUCAGGGCGGGGCUGAUCCGGCGUGACCAGAGGGUGGUGACGUGGAGCUGCGCCCUGCGCUCGGCGCUGGCCGACAUCGAGGUGGAGCCCCGUGUCCUCACAGGCCCCACGGAGCUGAAUGUCCCCAACUGUCCCCACCCCGUCACCUUCGGCGUCCUCGUCACCUUCGCCUACCCCGUGGAGGGGGACGACGGGCUGGAGGUGCCCGUGGCCACCACCCGUCCCGAGACGCUCUUUGGGGACGUGGCCGUGGCCGUGCACCCGCGGGACCCGCGCUACCAGCACCUGCAGGGCCGGCGGGUGCGGCACCCGUUCAGUGGGGCCCUGCUGCCCGUGGUGGGGGACCCCAGCGUGCAGCCCGAGCUGGGCACCGGGGCGGUGAAGGUGACCCCCGGGCACAGCCCCCGGGGCCCUGACCUGGCGCUGGCCCGGGCCCACGCGCUGCCGCUGCUCUCGGUCAUCGCCGACGACGGCACUUUGGUCCCCCGGGCGGGGGGGUGGCUGCAGGGUGUCCCCCGGUUCGAGGCCCGUGCCCGGGUGGUGGCAGCGCUGGCGCAGCGGGGGCUGCUCCGGGGGGUGCAGGACCACGCCAUGACCCUGCCCCUCUGCAGCCGCUCGGGGGACGUGGUGGAGUUCCUGCUGAAGCGGCAGUGGUUCCUCAGCUGCGGGGACAUGGCCCGGGGGGCGCUGCAGGCGGUGGCGUCGGGGCGGCUCCGCCUGGUGCCCAAAUUCCACGAGAAAAACUGGAAAACCUGGAUGGAGAACGUGGGGGACUGGUGCCUGUCCCGCCAGCUCUGGUGGGGCCACCAGGUCCCCGCCUACCAGGUGCGGGGUGGCCCCGCCCCCGCGUGCCCCCAGGGGGGUCCCCAGGGGGGUCCCCAGGAGGAGGGGGCCGUGGUUCGUGGGGCGCAGCGAGGCCGAGGCGCGGGCGGCCGGCCGCGGGGGGCCCUGGGCUGCCCCCCCGAGGAGCUGCACCUGCAGCAAGACCCCGACGUUCUGGACACCUGGUUCUCCUCCGCCCUCUUCCCCUUCGCCGCCCUGGGCUGGCCGAGCAGCCCCGAUCUGGCCCGUUUUUACCCCAAUUCCGUGCUGGUGACGGGCAGUGACCUCCUGUUCUUCUGGGUGGCCCGGAUGGCCAUGCUGGGCCAGCAGCUCACGGGACAGCUGCCCUUCGCUCAGGUGCUGCUGCACUCUCUGGUUCGGGACCCCCAGGGCCGCAAGAUGAGCAAAUCCCUGGGGAACGUCAUCGACCCCCGCGACGUCAUCGGGGGGGCCACGCUGCAGGAGCUGCAGGAGAAGCUCAGACCCGGACCCCUGGACCCGCAGGAGCUGCGGGCGGCCCAGGAGGGGCAGAGGCGGCAGUUCCCGCAGGGGAUCCCCGAGUGCGGCGCCGACGCCCUGAGGGACCCCAAAAUCCCCCCCGGAUCCCACCUGGCCCUGAGCACCCACAACGCCCACGGCCCCGAAAUCCGUGUGGGCGUGGCCUCGGUGCUGACUCAGCGCCGCUUCUGCAACAAAAUCUGGAACGCGGUGGGCUUCGUGCUGAGGGCCCUGCAGGGGGAGAGGGGACCCCCCGAAGCCCCCCGAGGAGGUGGUCCCGCUGGCCCCCCUGGACCGCUGGCUGCUGGCCCAGCUCUGAGCCCCCCUCCCCAAUCCCAGAUUGUCCCAAUUUCCUGGUUUUUCCCCCCAAUCCAGGUGUCCCGCUGGCCCCCCUGGACCGCUGGCUGCUGGCCCGCCUGGCCGCGGCCGUGGCCGAGUGUGGCCGCAGGAUGGAGGCGCUGGAGGUGCAGGGCGCCGUGGCCGCCGUGCAGAGCUUCUGGCUGCGCAGCUUCUGCGACGUCUACCUGGAGGUGGCCAAGGGGUCCCUGCGGUGCCCAUUUCAGGAUUUAUUUCCCCGUUUUGGGGUUCCUGCCCCAUUCCGUGGUUCCUGUCCCAUUUUGGGGUUCCUGUCCCCAUUUGGGAUUCCUGUCCCCAUUCCGUGGUUCCUGUCCCCAUUUUUGGGGUUCCUGUCCCCAUUUUGGGAUUCCUGUCCCCAUUCCCGUGGAGGUGGCCAAGGGGUCCCUGCGGUGCCCGCAGCUGCGGGCCGGUGCCCUGGCCACGCUGGUGGCCGCGGCCGAGCUGGGGCUGCGCCUCCUGGCCCCCUUCGCCCCCUUCGUGGCCGAGGAGCUCUGGCAGCGCCUGCCCCGCGCCCCCCCCGCGCCCCCCCACCCCUCUGCAGGGCCCCCUUCCCCGACCCGCCGCGAACUGGCGCGCUGGCGCUGCCCCGAGCUGGAGGCGCAGGUGGCGGCCAUGCUGGAGCUGGUCCGGGCCGUGCGGGGGCUGCGCGAGGCCCUGCGGCUCGGGGGGGCCGCGCGCCCCCCAGUGCUGGUGCAGGGCCCGGAGCUGGCUCACGAUUGGCUGGAGCAGCUCGGCCCCGCCUUCCGGAUGCUCUCGGGGGCGGGGCCUGUGCAGCUCCUCCCCCCGGGGGUGGAGCCGGGGCCGGGCUGGGCGGGGGCUCCCGCGGCUUCCGGAACCUUCGUGCACCUGAGGCUGCAGGCCGACGAGGUGCCAGCGGAGCCUGGAGACCCCCGGGGACCCCCAGGGACCCCCAGCUCGGGGGGGGCCGGGGUUUUUAAAUAAAUAAAAUAAA